AACGGUUGGCAUUUCGGAGAAACGUCAGUGCUUGUCAAAUUAUAUAACCCAAAAAGAGGUACAUUUUCUUGUGCUCGCCAUAAGUGUAAAGGGUUUUUUGGUACAAUGGCCGCAAAAAGGAUCGCUCAAAGCAGCGUAAACUGGGCUUCACUGGGUGAGAGAGUGCCUGAGCACCAGAGAGCCCAGUUUUUGGCCUUCAAGUCGAAAUCUGAGGGUUAUUUGAGACGCGUUCUCGCCAACCCUGAACAGCCUCCAGCAAUUGACUGGGCUUUCUACAAAUCCCGCGUCCCAAUUGCCGGUAUGGUCGAUGAUUUCCAAAAACAAUACACUGCUCUAAAAAUCCCAUACCCAACUGAGAACGUAAGCAGCCAAUUGGACGCUUUGGAAAGCGAAACCAAAAAUGAAAUCGCCAAAUUUAAAUCUGACUCCAGUCAACGUAUCGAAGAGUACAAAAAACAAUUGGCUCACUUGGCAAGCUUGAUUCCAUACGAUCAAAUGACCAUGGAGGACUACCGUGAGGCAUACCCAGAAGAUGCCGUCGAUCCAAUCAACAAGCCAACAUACUGGCCCCACGAACCCGAAGACCAAAUUGGACAUGUCGAUAAGGAUGCUCCAGUCCAAUCGUCCCACUAAUUUUGAGAAAUUGUGGUGAAAAUAGCAAUCUACAUUCAUUUUAUGUGAAAAUAGCUCUUAUUAUCUUGUUAUUGUAAUAAAUUUAAUUUACUUCCAAUAUUUCAUGUUUUUUUAUUA